AGAUUUAAAUCCCUCACAGAUGAGCGGUUGAUGAACCGUGGUGCUGGUAGCGCCAUAUUGGCUGCCUUUUAAGGGGAGAGGAGAGUUUGGCCGAACCGCUUAACAAACCCAACCGGUCUCCAGACAUGAAGCCGUUCAGAAACAUCCUCUAAAUCGGUACCGCCUGAUUUUUCGUCUGGUAGGGAGUCAAACUGCAAAGUUGCUUACAUUUUUCUUUAAAUCGUUUCUGCUGGGGGAGCUUUUAGCUGAACUAGAGUCCAAUGGAUAACGGAACGGCUUGGAUCCAGCCGGAGCAGAAGGGACUGGCCAAUUAUUCCAUGUGGAUGCAGCUUUGGGAGACCUCACACGCUAAUGCUGGCCUCCAGCCUCACCACCAGCGCAACUUUGCGGUACAAAACACCAACUUGGACUCUUACGGCAAGAGCUACAGGCAUGUAGCUCCAACACCUGGGACUGCGUUUGGGAAGCUGCCGCGGGCAGACGACGGCGGAGAGAGGGGAAGUGUCCGGAGGAAGGGCUCGUUGUCGCCGUCCUCUUCCUCUCUGGACUCGGAGGCCGACAGCUCCUCUCCCCACGGCUCUUUGCUUCAAAUUGACAAUUUGAACGCCGCAGACGAGGCCGAGCAGUUUUUACACAACGGUGAGCAGAAGGUGAAGGAGAACAACCUCCGACAGCCUCUUCAUGUUCAGCAGCACUGUCGCAGCAAGCAGCCGCCCGGCGGCCACACCCCCACCGGGAUGAAGAACCAGCAGCAGCAGCACUAUCAGCCCCAUCACUCCGGCCGCAGGAGGCAGCUGAACAGGGCCAACACUUUCCACGGCUUCAACCCGCUCCUCUCCUACUGCUUCAAUGGCCUGGACUCUUCCUACAGCCUGUGGAAAACCAGGCGAUACAGCCCGGGCGUUAAUGGUCUGCAUGAGGAAAUAAUGGACUUCUUCAGCUUCAUGUCACCCAGACCUGAAGAGGAGGCCAUCAGAAGGGAUGUUGUGAACAGAAUUGAAAGUGUCAUCAAGGAUUUGUGGCCCACUGCUCGGGUGGAAAUCUUUGGCAGCUUCAGCACAGGACUAUAUCUCCCUACAAGUGACAUCGAUCUAGUUGUGUUUGGGAAGUGGGAUCAUCCCCCAUUGCAGGAUCUGGAGCAAGCCCUGAAGAAACACAAUGUGGCUGGCAGCUAUCCAAUCAAAGUCCUCGACAAAGCUACUGUUCCAAUCAUUAAACUCACCGAUCAUGAGACCAAAGUGAAAGUUGACAUCAGCUUCAAUGUGGAGACUGCUGUGAAAGCUGCCCAGUUCAUUAAAAGCUACCUUAAGAGAUACACUGUUCUUCCACCAUUGAUCUUCGUCCUGAAGCAGUUUCUGUUGCAGAGAGAUCUAAACGAAGUCUUUACUGGAGGCAUCAGCUCAUAUAGCCUUAUACUAAUGGCUAUCAGCUUCUUGCAGUUACACCCUAGGAUUGACACACGGCGCUCCAACAUAAACCUGGGCAUUCUGCUGAUAGAGUUCUUUGAGCUUUAUGGUCGCGAUUUUAACUACAUGAAAACGGGAAUCCGGGUGAGAAAUGGAGGAGCUUACCUGUCCAAAGAAGAGAUGCUGAAAGCCAUGGGUCAUGGAAACCGGCCCUCCAUGCUCUGCAUAGAGGAUCCUGUACAGCCAGGAAACGAUGUUGGAAGGAGUUCAUAUGGAGUCCUGCAAGUCAAGCAGGUCUUUGAUUUUGCAUAUCUUGUUUUAAGCCAUGGUUUAUCUCCUCUUUGUGCAUAUCCAAACAGAGAGUAUGACAGCACUUUAGGACGGAUCGUUAAAGUCAGCCCAGAGGUGUUGGCCUACAGGGAAUGGAUAAUCAAGACGUGGGGUGCCAAACAGAGUGCCAAGCUGGAAAACAAUGAUGUGGAGACCUGUGAGCAGGAGCUUUCUAGAAUGAUGCUGAUUGAGGAUCAAAGGGAUUCCCCGUCUCCCCUGAGCUCAGACUCUCCUUCUCCAGUGUUUCCUCCAAGCCCGCAACAUCAUUCCUCAUCUUCCUCAGCUUGCUCACUUUCUUCAUCUUCCUCUGGAAGCGACAUUGAGUCUGACUCUCCAAAAAGUAGCAAUGGUUUUAUCCAGCUCCACCCGCUAAACUUGGCUUUAAUCCAGAUGGCUGCAGACCCAGGGGCCACACAUCCAGCAAGCUUUAUCCACGCUCCACAUCAGAUCUCUCUUCCAGAAAACUUUACCAUCCUGCCGUCCGAUAGCCAGUUCUACCACGAGAACCCUCCUUCUAUUAACAUUGUGCACCGUCACACAGCACAAGCUCCACAAUUCCCCCGGCAUUCUAAGCCUGCCAGCCCUCUCCUUACACAUCUCCACCACUCUCAGGUUGGAGGGCUGCUGCGCCACCCGUACGCCCAGAGAUCUUAUUCCCAAGGCUCACUGGAGCCCCACAAGUUUGGCUCCAAGCACAACCAAGUUGGUAGCUUCCAGUGCCAUAAUCCCUCUCAAGGCAACUUGGGUCUGCAGCACCGGUUGGUUUACCAGACGCACAUGGUGUCAUGUUUCAAAAACCAGCAGCAGCAGUACAACCGUAAGGCUUGGCGACGCAGGAAGAAAGACAUUAGUCCCACUUUGAACCAGAGCCAAUGAAAGACGUCAGCGGUAGCACAUGUUCUGUUGCGAAGAGGUAUUUAAAGCGAACAUACAAUGAUGGAAGGCUUUUCCCAUGGCUUACUAGGACCAUGUAAAAAAUAAUAAUAAAACCUCACCAUGCUCAUAUUGUUCUAUCAGU